GUGUCAGUGGGCAGUCUGUGUGUGGUACAGCGAGCUGUGGAGUAACUGGGCGAAAGCUAUCGCAGGAGCUUGGCACGUCCGAGCGUUAACUUUUUUCCCCCUUUUUUUUAAAAAAAAAAAAACUAAAAAUACAAUUUUGAUGCUUCUGGAGAGUCACCUAUCGCUCUCAUCCGACGACUGGACUUGACAGAGAGUCCGAGAAGCUCACAAUCGCCGUUCAAGUUGGAAAGGCGAGGCUUUUCAGGCUUUUCGUGCCGCUGGUCUUCGAGAAAAAAAGACAUCGGGGGGGAAAAAACCUGAGGGGGAUUUGCACGUAGCCCCGGCCAGACACGCUCGUUUCUAACCAAGCACGGAACCGAGCAGACUUCUCCUCGUAAGGUCACACGAGUGGACGACUUUGACGAUUCCUCCGCACUCUGGGAACUAUCGCAGCUAUUAACCUGCAUCCGAGGGGGAUUUUUGUUGUGGAGAGAAGACAAAAGGGAGGGGUGGUGGGACUUUACCGCUUCACCUGCUCGGAUUUAUUCUGCUGCAGAAAGCCACAUCUGCGUGGAUCCGCGCGGGCAGGAUGUAUCCACAGGGCCGGCAUCCGGCACCUCAUCAACCUGGUCAGCCCGGGUUCAAAUUCACAGUAGCAGAAUCCUGUGACAGGAUCAAAGACGAGUUUCAGUUCCUGCAAGCUCAGUAUCACAGUCUUAAGGUGGAAUAUGACAAACUGGCCAACGAGAAGACAGAAAUGCAGCGUCACUAUGUCAUGUACUAUGAGAUGUCCUAUGGGCUUAACAUUGAAAUGCACAAACAGACUGAAAUUGCAAAGCGCCUCAAUGCGAUUCUUGCUCAAAUCAUGCCUUUUCUGUCACAAGAGCACCAACAGCAGGUAGCCCAGGCUGUUGAGCGUGCUAAGCAAGUGACAAUGACAGAGCUGAAUGCCAUCAUCGGGGUACGUGGACUUCCCAAUCUGCCUCUCACCCAACAGGCCCAUGCUGUCUACCCAGCGCUGAUGCAGCAGCUUCAAGCUCAGCACCUUUCUCAUGCAGCCCAUGGACCACCCGUCCAGCUGCCCCCACACCCCUCGGGCUUGCAGCCCCCAGGCAUACCCCCGGUCACAGGUUCCAGCUCUGGACUACUAGCACUAGGAGCUCUGGGCAGUCAGGCACACUUACCGGUUAAAGACGAGAAAAACCAUCAUGAUCUGGAGCACAGAGACCGGGAGUCAAGCACGAAUAACUCUGUGUCGCCAUCGGACAGUCUGAGGGCCAGCGAGAAGCACAGGGGCUCAUCUGACUACAGCUUGGAUCCAAAGAAACGCAAAAUGGAGGAGAAGGAUAAUAUGAGUAGAUAUGACAGUGAUGGUGACAAAAGUGACGACCUGGUGGUUGACGUUUCCAAUGAGGACCCAGCCACCCCGAGGGUCAGUCCUGCUCACUCUCCUCCAGAGAAUGGCCUGGACAAGGCCCGGGCGCUGAAAAAAGAUGCCCCCAACAGCCCAGCUUCUGUGGCUUCAUCUGGGAGCACCCCCUCGUCCAAAGCCAAGGAUCACCCACAUAAUGAUAAGUCCUCCACCCCCGGCCUGAAGUCUAACACCCCCACCCCACGUAACGAUGCCCCUACACCAGGAACCAGCACUACCCCUGGCCUCCGCCCCAUCCCCGGCAAGCCCCUUGGCAUGGAGGCCUUGGCAGCUCCUGCCCUGCGCACUCCGUUGUCCUACGCAGCUCCGUUUGCGAUGAUGGGUCACCAUCCAGAGAUGAACGGCUCUCUGACUAGUCCAGGCGUAUAUGGCCUCCACAUCUCUUCUGGGAUGGGUGCAGCUUACGGCCGAUCGCCUAUGCCGGGAUUCGAUCCACAUCCUCAUAUGCGGGCUCCAGGUCUCCCAACCAGCCUGACGUCGAUCUCUGGAGGAAAACCAGCGUACUCCUUCCAUGUGAGCGCAGAUGGACAGAUGCAACCAGUACCUUUUCCUCCAGACGCUCUAAUCGGCCCGGGCAUCCCACGCCACGCCCGCCAGAUCAACACACUGAGCCACGGAGAGGUGGUUUGCGCAGUAACCAUCAGCAACCCCACCCGCCACGUCUACACAGGUGGCAAGGGCUGUGUGAAGAUCUGGGAUAUCAGCCAGCCUGGCAGCAAGAGUCCCGUGUCUCAGCUGGACUGUCUGAACAGGGAUAAUUACAUUCGGUCGUGUAAGCUGCUCCCUGAUGGUCGUACUCUGAUUGUGGGCGGUGAGGCUAGCACUUUGACGAUCUGGGACCUGGCCUCUCAGACGCCUCGCAUCAAGGCUGAGCUGACCUCCUCGGCUCCAGCCUGCUACGCAUUGGCCAUUAGCCCUGAUGCCAAGGUCUGUUUCUCCUGCUGCAGUGAUGGGAACAUUGCGGUAUGGGACCUCCACAACCAGACCCUUGUCAGGCAGUUCCAGGGGCACACAGAUGGAGCCAGCUGUAUAGACAUCUCUCAUGAUGGCACCAAGCUGUGGACAGGAGGCCUAGACAAUACUGUCCGGUCUUGGGACCUGAGAGAGGGACGACAGCUCCAGCAGCAUGACUUCACCUCACAAAUUUUCUCUCUGGGCUACUGUCCAACUGGCGAGUGGCUGGCUGUAGGCAUGGAGAGCAGUAAUGUGGAGGUGCUUCACCACACCAAGCCAGACAAGUACCAGCUCCACCUGCACGAGAGCUGUGUACUUUCCCUCAAAUUCGCCUACUGCGGUAAAUGGUUCGUGAGCACAGGGAAGGACAAUCUGCUGAAUGCCUGGAGGACUCCCUAUGGUGCCAGCAUUUUCCAGUCUAAGGAGUCCUCGUCUGUCCUGAGCUGUGACAUUUCUGCUGACGACAAAUACAUUGUUACAGGAUCCGGUGACAAGAAGGCCACAGUUUAUGAAGUAAUCUACUAGAUUCAGGAGUGAUCCACCAGAUCCAGCGAGCUAUGACUGGAGCUUCUGUUUUGGCCUCGUUAAGAGUGGAAUUGGGAUGAACACAGCCCCUCCCCUUUCCUAUAAAGACCUUCAAAGAGGAAACCAUGUUGGAGUUAAAUUUGUCAACUCGGAAUACAUAACUGAUGUGUUUGAUCGAUUUUCGUGUUACUGGAACAGAACCGCUCCAGGGCCUUUUGGAGACUUACUGGUCAGUUUAUCUGAGGAUGGCCAGAUGGCACUAAAGAAGUACAUAUUGUCUUGCCUUUUACUUUAAGUCUGCUCACGAGAUUUGCUGGGUGUGUGCCUAUUCUUCCUUUCUUUUUUUUUUUUUUUUUUUUUUUUUUUCUUCCCCAUCUUUCUUUUAACAAAAAGCAAAUGAUCUGUGAUGCAACAUGAAGCAGUGCUUCAUUUUUAGCCUCCUGCUCCCUGGAUGACUUGUGAAAAGUGUAUAUAUGGAGUAAUAAAAACAUUUUAUAAAUAUAUAUGAUUAUAUGUAUAUAUAUUUCCUUGUCCUGGUAUACUUGUGAUGGGUUUCUUUUGUCCUCAUGUCCUCGAUGCUUGAUAAAUGUAGAUUAGGACCUACUUUUUUAAGAUGAAUUUGUCUGGGUUUUUUUUGUUUGUUUGUUUUGUUUUUUUUUCCUUAUGUUAUUUAGAUUUUUGUAAGUGCACUCUCUCUGGGUUGGCAGUUGAUGAGGGAAGUCUCUGAGGCAGCAUUUAAAGAGGACAUUUGUAAGCUUGGCUGGGCUCUGCAGACUCCUGGUUGUGAGCUGUUUGGUGGCCAUGGAUUCAGAACUUUGAUGGGCAUGGUAGAUGGUAGUUUAUGGAUGGACGCCAAACUGCAUUGAACUCUGCCAAGUACCAGAGAGCAACCAGAGGAACGUGGGGAGAUGUUUGUAAAUUAAAACCAAUAUUAAACUUGGAGAAUUGACUAACUGUACUGCUUGUCUGUCCCCUUGCCCCUAUCUCGUGUCGUGUUUGUUUCGGUGUGGGAGAGGAGUAGAAGGUUGGGUCAGUCAGUAAAGGGUGAAUAAAAGAGGAGCACCCUCAGACUCUGCCAGAAAUGAAGAUCCUAAUGACUGCUACUGAUACAAGGGGAUCGAGUCAGUACAGCCCAGAGGAACUUUGGGAAACUGUCCUACCUAGCUCUGUUUUUAACCACUGAUGGAUGAAAUGCGUAUGGCUAGAAGUAGAAUCAGUACAGAGGCAGGUUUAUAUGAACUGGUUGUUCCACUUUUGUUUUUUGCUUUUUUACAUUGUGUUUUCACAACCUGCUCUUGACUUUAAUAAGGUUGAGGAGCUAAAGCGUGCUGCUUUGUGGGAGUGGGAGAGAGCAACUUUUCAAAGCUGAACCAGGCCGUCCUAAUGUGGAAAUGAGGAGCGAGUUUUACGAGGGUGGAAGCAACAUUAUGCUCUGUCCAUAGACUCUGAGAUUCACCACCAACAAACCAUGCCAAACCCUUCUGCCUUCCUGCCUGGCACAAUCCUCUCAAGUUCACACCAAAGUAUGUAGCAGCCUGUCAGCACUGAACAUGUGCAGCUAUUCAUAAUCAAAUAAACUGUUCUUUUGUAGAAAA